CAAAAUAUGGCGAACCAGGGCCCUCGGUGUUUUGCACCCCGAGACGAUAAGAUGUAAAGUGACGUCCCUCUGGCUUCGACCCACCCCCAACAAAUCGGCGCGGCAGCGGCACCUCUCGGAGUGUGCUCCGACCCCACCAUCCAUCCCAUCACCCCGCGAUUCCCGACUGGUCUUUAUAACCAAGUCCUACGCAGUCCAAAUGUGUGCUAAGAUGUAUCAUUGACUGCAAAGCUGAGAAAGCCACUUCUCCGAGUCUAGCACCAUUGAUUUCUCCGCGCCACUUCUCAAUUCUCCUCGUCACCGUUCUCCAAAAUGAAGCUCCUCUACCCCACCUCCCUCGAGCUCGACAUCAAGUCCCUCGAGGGUUUCUCCGUGAAACUCCAACCCUACGACGUGAAAUCCCCACUACCCGAUUCCGACCUCGACGCCGACAUCCUAGUAACCUGGACCAACUCCCCCUCAAACCUAUCCGACGCCGCCAAGCGUCUCACCAACCUGAAAUGGAUCCAAUCCCUCGCCGCAGGGCCAAAUGACGUGCUCGCCGCGGGCUUCGAUCCAAAGAAAGUCACCAUCACCACCGGCUCGGGCCUGCACGACCACACCGUCGCCGAGCACACUCUGGCGCUACUGCUCGUCGCCGCGCGCAAGUUCUACGAGAUGAGGGAUUUCCAGGUCCAGGGCAAGUGGCCCGGUCAUUUGGGUGGUCCGCAGCCCGACAGACCGAAGGGGAAGUUCACGACGCUUAGGGAUGCCGAGGUGUUGAUCUGGGGGUAUGGAAAUAUCGCAAAAGCACUGCAACCGCAUUUGACAUUGCUGGGUGCCAAGGUGAAGGGUGUAGCUCGUUCGGCUGGUGUGCGCAACGGUAUCGAGGUGUAUGGUGAGGACAAGUUGCCCGAGCUGCUGCCGAAGACGGACGCGCUGGUUAUGAUUCUCCCUGGCAGUGACAGCACACGGCAUGCGCUGAAUGCGGAGAGGCUGAAGCUACUGCCCAAGCACGCAUGGGUCGUGAACGUAGGUCGCGGGUCGGCGCUCGAUGAGGAGGCGCUGGCAAAUGUGCUGGAGAAGGGCGAGAUUGGCGGCGCUGCAUUAGAUGUUUUCGAAAAGGAGCCGUUGCCUGAGGGUAGCAGGCUGUACAAGGCGCCGAAUUGUGUCGUUAGUCCGCAUGCCGCUGGCGGCAGGCCACAAGGGGCCGAGGCAUUGGUAGCGGCUAAUUUGAGGCGGUUCUUAGCUAAUCAGCAGUUGAGUAAUGUCAUUUAGAGAGAACUUGAUAGCGGAACCUGGUAGCUGGGUGGUGGUAUGGAGGGGAUUCGGGAAUGUAGAUACGAUGUGCCAAAGCUGGCUAUAUAAAAGUAACGGGCAUAUAGCACGACACGCCUCAAAGCUUGGGACGGAUCCUUGGUGUAAUGCAUUCAAUAUCCCAUCAGCCGUGCCUACCCCGUGUCAUAUUUUAGAACGAGAUAUGAGUACAACGGCUAGGCCUGCGUUCAAGUUAUGUUGAUAAACAAAUAUACACGGCCUUUCAUAGGUCCUUGGCCCCCUGUCCUGGGCUACAAUUUGUAGCAUCCGUGUAUUCACCUAGAG